AGGGGCACCUUUUCCUAGGGGGAAAGGCCCCAAGUAAUGCUCUUCUCCAUUUUCUUACAUAUUGAUAUAGAAUCCUGGGGAAUUGUUUCCAGAAAAAGAGCUAAGACCCACUCAAGCAGUGAUAUCAAAGAUUUGGACAGUUUCCCAAAUCUCUCCAUUGCUUCUUUAGCUUAAAUUUAGAGAAUUGAGAAAUAGGAAGAUCAGUUCAGGGACUGUAAGUAGCAUGAUUUUCUCCAGAAGUAUAUUGGAUUCAUUUUUUUUUUCUUUAUUUGGCACCUUCUAGAGACUGAUCUAUGACUUUUUUGGAAGAUCACAGGGUAAAUUUCUUAACAGUCCUCUGUCUUAGUGCUUAUACUAAGAGGUACCAAAGGUGUCCCUGCUGAUAAGCCCUCAGGGCCAUUUCUCAGCCUCUGGUUGUUAGCAGAAAACUGGGUUCAUCUCUUGGUGGGUGGCAAGACAAAAGACACAACCAAGCCAAAGAUCAGAAGAAAGGAUCUACUACUUGCAGCAAGGAGAAUACCAGGAUCUUCCCAAAGGGGUGUCCUGAACAGCAAAAUUGAAGACCUUUUAAGCUGAGGGUACUUGCAUAUUCAUGAAGGGUCUUGGGUGGUGCAUGCCUAUUCAUGAAGGGGCUUCAGCAGGACAAUUCAGCAUAGAAUUGGGGCAGAGGUUGACAGCAUCCAUGCUUUAGUUGAUUGAAGUCACAAGGGUCAGAAAAGGGUCAGCUUUUGAAAUACUUUAAUCAUGACGAAAAGAGAAGCAGAGGAGCUGAUAGAAAUUGAGAUUGAUGGAACAGAGAAACCAGAGUGCACGGAAGAAAGCAUUGUUGAACAAACCUACACUCCAGCUGAAUGUGUAAGCCAGGCCAUAGACAUCAAUGAGCCAAUAGGCAAUUUAAAGAAACUACUAGAACCAAGACUGCAGUGUUCUUUGGAUGCUCAUGAAAUUUGCCUGCAAGAUAUCCAGCUGGAUCCAGAACGAAGUUUAUUUGACCAAGGAGUAAAGACAGAUGGAACUGUACAGCUUAGUGUACAGGUAAUUUCUUACCAAGGAAUUGAACCAAAGCUAAACAUCCUGGAAAUUGUUAAACCUGCGGAAACAGUUGAAGUAGUUAUUGAUCCAGAUGCCCACCAUGCCGAAGCAGAAGCACAUCUUGUUGAGGAAGCUCAAGUGAUAACUCUUGAUGGCACAAAACAUAUUACAACCAUUUCAGAUGAAACCUCAGAACAAGUGACGAGAUGGGCUGCUGCUCUGGAAGGUUAUAGGAAAGAGCAAGAACGUCUUGGGAUACCCUAUGAUCCCAUACAGUGGUCCACAGACCAAGUCCUGCAUUGGGUGGUUUGGGUAAUGAAGGAAUUCAGCAUGACCGAUAUAGACCUCACUACGCUGAAUAUUUCCGGAAGAGAACUCUGUAGUCUCAACCAAGAAGAUUUUUUUCAGCGGGUUCCUCGGGGAGAAAUUCUCUGGAGUCAUCUGGAACUUCUUCGAAAAUAUGUAUUGGCAAGCCAAGAACAACAGAUGAAUGAGAUAGUUACAAUUGAUCAACCUGUGCAAAUUAUUCCAGCGUCAGUGCAGUCUGCUACACCAACAGCCAUUAAAGCUAUAAAUAGUAGUGCAAAGGCAGCUAAAGUACAAAGAGCUCCAAGGAUUUCAGGAGAAGAUAGAAGUUCACCUGGGAACAGAACAGGAAACAAUGGCCAAAUCCAACUGUGGCAGUUUUUGCUAGAACUCCUUACUGACAAGGAUGCUCGAGACUGCAUUUCUUGGGUUGGAGAUGAAGGAGAAUUUAAGCUAAAUCAGCCUGAACUGGUUGCACAAAAAUGGGGACAACGUAAAAAUAAACCUACAAUGAACUAUGAGAAACUUAGUCGUGCAUUAAGGUAUUAUUAUGAUGGGGACAUGAUUUGUAAAGUUCAAGGCAAGAGAUUUGUAUACAAGUUUGUCUGUGACUUGAAGACUCUUAUUGGAUACAGUGCAGCAGAGUUGAACCGUUUGGUCACAGAAUGUGAACAGAAGAAACUUGCAAAGAUGCAACUCCAUGGAAUUGCCCAGCCAGUCACAGCAGUAGCCCUGGCUACUGCGUCUCUGCAAACAGAAAAGGAUAAUUGAGCCCAGGACCUUUUGGGAGUCCAAGGUCUUUCUUAAAUGUUAGAGCAAGUAUUGCUCUUACCUUUAUUACUGAAUUUGAAUCUUCUUUUAUUUCUAGACUGUACAAUCUGAUGCAUGAUUUUUUUAUAAAUAUUUCAUACUCUUGUGAA